CUGGUAACCCUAGCAUUAGCAUUAGCAUUAGCAUGGCCACCACUUCACCACUUCACCAUAUCAAUCUUCUUUCUUAAACUCCAACUCUCAUUCAAUUCCCCUGAUCUUCUUUAAAGUUGAAAUGACUCCCACAAAUUACACUUCACAAUUACUCCCAUCAAUGUCUACAAAUUUCAUUCGACCACCCUUUCUUCUCAAGCAGCCAUUACCCUUUAAGUCGUUUAACACCUGCUGCCUCCACUCUUCAACCACCCAAACCCCAUCCCGCCCCAAUUCACCCAUUCCACUCGAUUUAUGGCUGCGAAUCAAGGACGAGGCCAGGGCCGCCGUCGAUCAAGAAUCCAUUUUGUGCAACUACUACUCCACCUCCAUCCUCUCCCAUGAUUCCAUGGACUCCGCUCUCGCCAAUCACAUCUCCAUCAAAUUGGCCGACUCCACCCUCCCCGUCGCAACCCUCCACGACCUCUUCAUCUCGGUUCUGCGCCAGGAUCGCGAUAUCAUCCCCUCAGUCUGCCACGACUUGCUCGCCGUCAAGGAGCGGGACCCCGCCUGCUUCGCCUACGUCCACUGCUUCUUGAAUUUCAAGGGCUUCCUAGCUUGCCAGACUCACCGAAUUGGCCACAAUCUCUGGCGGAACGGCCGCAAAAUCUUGGCCCUCUUGAUUCAGAACAGAGUCUCCGAGGUUUUCGCGGUGGAUAUUCACCCCGGGGCGAGAAUUGGGCGGGGGAUCUUGCUCGAUCACGCUACUGGGGUUGUGAUUGGGGAAACGGCGGUGAUUGGGGAUAAUGUGUCGAUUCUGCAUAACGUGACGUUGGGUGGGACCGGGAAGGUCUCGGGCGACCGCCACCCGAAGAUUGGGAAUGGGGUGCUGAUUGGUGCGGGGACUUGUGUUCUUGGCAAUGUGAGGAUUGAGGAUGGGGCUAAGAUUGGUGCUGGCUCUGUCGUUCUCAAGCAGGUGCCGGCUAGGACGACGGCUGUUGGGAAUCCGGCGAGGUUGAUUGGGGGGAAGGAGAAUCCGAUUAAGUUGGAUAACAUUCCUAGCUUCACCAUGGAUCAGACUUCACAUAUUUCUGAUUGGUCUAAUUAUGUUAUUUAGCUUCUUUGUGCUCUCUCUGUGUGUAUGUAUGUGAUUGUGAUUGUGAUUGUGAUUGUGAUUUUGAGGUUUGUUUAUGCUUAAUAAGAGAAAUCAUGUGUUUUCCUAUUGGCGUAGAUGCAAAUCUUGAAUCCUUUCUUGUUGUUUUGUAACUUUUGUUUUCAUGCUCUGUGAUCAAUAAGAAAGAAGCAAGUGCCACA